GUCACCCUGUGAUCACUUGCGCGACCUUAACUGACCCGGCGAGUCGCAUGUGACACCAGGUCGCGACUGGCGACCACACUUGGACAUGGUCAAGGAUGAUUCAAGACCUAGCGGAGAACGAACUGUUUGCGGAGUGAUUGCGCCGCCGAAGCCUCGACCUGGGAACACGAAACAAGUUGAGAACUUUUGGAAGCACAGAAACAAGAAGCUGAGGUGCGACAGGGCGGGCAUUCCUUUUUCUGAAGACAAUUCGCCAACCCCUUCCGAGUCCAAGGAUGCCGACGAUUACGAGGACUUUCUCAACAAUCUUGAUAUCGACAACCUGACGGACAGCGUGAGGGGCCAGUUCCAGGGCAAUGGUCGUUCGUACUGCAACGGUGGAAAAGAGUACAAGAAAAUCCGUGAGGGACUCAUUGAGUGUGGAUCUCUGAGCCGUUGUGGCAUCAGAGAACUUGUCGAAGCGCAGAUAAGUGGUAGUCAUGAAUGGAUGAUGAAUUACGAUUUUGCAAUGGAUAGGGACGGCAAGGCCAGUGUGGAGUACUCGGGAUCCAUGGAGAUAUACAAGCAUCUCUAUCUGAGACCGAACAAUGUGGACGGCAGAUCUCGAAGACCGCUAAACACAAGCAAUGGUGCGGACUCCGGCUACAGCUCUGAUGGCGAGUCCGCCGACAAGACAUCACAGAGGGACCCACCUCAGGCAAGCAAUUCCAAACGAAAGGCUCAGACACAGGCUGUUGAGCAAGUCCACAAUUCGAAACGGCAGGCCCCUCGAAACCCUCUGGGUGGAAACAAGAGCUCAACCACUAGGAACGCUCACAGGACCGAGCGUCCGACGCAUACCGUGUCUGGAGCGAACAGAACGUUCGAAUCAGCAAGACAACAGCCGAGCCACCAGAUUGUCAGGAACUCUGGCGGACAAAGAACGAGCAACCAUCUCCAGGCCAGAGUUAGGCCAGAGCAAGGUAGUUGGUCCCGUGACCGUGGAGAGAUGGCGGUCAGAGGGAAGAGAGAGCCCGCACCACCUCCAGGACCCGAAGCAGACGUCAGUGAAGAAGAAUGAUCGGGAUAUUCAGGAGAGAAUCAUGAGAGUAUUGUUAUAUCGUUAUCGAAGGCAUAUCUACAGGUUCCAAACAACGACGCGACCAUCUACACCGCUGGUGCUGAUUUGGCUGACGGCAUCGGGAGAACCGGCGUAAGCGCGGACAGUGCUGAUAGAGUUCUGGUGGACAGUCUUGAGCUGCGUGUCAUCAACAGCUUUGCCACGGAGGUCCAUCUGUCUGAACAUAUUGAGAGCAGACU